AUGACAAAGGUCACCCUCCACUUCCUCCCUGUGAGAACCUCGACUCUCAAAUGGACAAAGCGAGAUGCUGAACUCACCGAUGCCGAAGCCAAGUCCCACGCCCGGCGUUCUUCUCAUGUGCUGGCUAAGCAUCCCAAGCCCAAAGUGCGUGGUCAUGAAAGGGUCGGGUCGCAGUCCAUCUUGCGACUAAAGCAAAAGACGAAGAGAGCCGAAAGAACGAGUGCCAAUGACACCCGGCGUCAGAUCUCGAAGAGAAUACAAACAAAUAUGCCCCUUAGCAUUGGAGACCCGGCUGGAUGCGAUCCUUUCGUCCGCUUUCCGUGCGUGACUGGGUCGGUUGAGCACAAGUUGUUCCAUUUCCUCAUGUCGUACGUGCCUGGCAGAUUCUACGCCACGAAACCUUGGGCAGCAUACGACGUGCUGCGAGACUCGGUCAUGCCCGAGAUCCUGACCGGGAGUGCAUACAUGUCUCUUGCUCUGUACAUUGCUGCGUCCAUUGUGAACACGCUCAAGCCGCAACCGCAGUUCUCGGAAGAGUGGAUGCUCACCCGUCAGUCGACAAACUAUCGACUAUUGAGACAGCUGCUGAAAAAUCAGCAGGGUCACCCAUGGGACUGGGCCAUCACAUGCAUUGUCGUGGCGGGUUACGCUGAAUCCAUGGCCGGAUUAGCAGACCGGGGCCGAAAACACACCAAAGCCGGCCUCGUUAUGCUGCAGGACUUUCGGAACCUCCAACGCAUGAGACUUUCUUCAGGAUCCAUCGCUUUCAAGGUCUUUCUGCAAACCGGAGUGCCGAUGAUGUUCGCGACAAGUGCUGCGCUCGAGACGGCGAUGAAUAGUGCAUGUCAGAACCUGCGGCGAAUCCAAUCUUGGACGCGUCUAAAGCGGAGAGCACGUUGCUCUAGCCUCCAUUGUCAGUAUCAUUCCCCUGAAUCGGCAGCAAACGACGAGGCCACGGAGCCAGCAGUGAGCUCGAAUGGACAGUGUCGUUAUUGGACUGCACGGCAACGUGCACUUGGGCCGACAACAGCCAUGGGCCGCUUACUGGCACCCAAGCCGAUCCAAAUGCCCAUGUCGGACGAGAGGCUAGUGAUGGCAACCAUCUACGCUCUCAACGGCAUCCUCUGUAAUCUGCAAGGCGACGACGCUGCAGCAGAAACCUUUUUAGCCAAUGUUGGCGAGAUGACGGUGAACAGUCUUGACGAGGGCGUCGACCUGAGUGUGCCACCACGAUUUGCCCUGCAGAACUGUGUCCACAUUGUUAUCGCCUGCGCCGAGAAGCAGGGCCUGUGGUUCUACCACGGUCCAGGACAUGCGCUCCCCGCCAUGCGCACCUGGGAGGCGCUCGAGUUUGUGGAGAUCACGAUGCUGACGUCGCCCGCGAAGCUGCAGAAGAUCAUGGCUGCGUUGCGAGGUUGGCUUUGCUGGCAACCUCAAGAGCUGACGACGGGAGGAGGAGAUACAUCCCUCUUCAGCGACGACAAGGAGCUGCAAGAGUUCAAGGAUGAAAUCAUCGCCAACUGGAAGGCCAGAAGAGGUUCAGGGACUUCGAGUCGAGAAACAGCCACGCAUGCAAAGCACCCUUGA